UGAGCGAACCUCACAUUUAUUUUUAAAAAUGGGCCAGUUUAUCUGGGAUUUUUGGGCUAUAAAUGAUUUAAAAUUCGGUUAAAUUAUGGCUCCUACCAAAAAUAAAACAACAAGUUCUCCCAAAACUGCAGCCUUAUCAUGGGAGUCCCUACGAAGCAAAUACUUGAAUAAGAAUUUCGUCAAAGAAUUAAUAUAUAAUCCUAGAUAUUUGCUACCUACUUGUACCUUACUAUUCUUCUUUGAGGUAGUAUUGAAUAUUUUCAUAAUUGAGAAUGUGAGGUACACCGAAAUUGACUGGGUUGCAUAUAUGCAAGAAGUCGAAGGUUUCUUGAAUGGAACGUUAGACUAUAGCAAGCUUCGAGGAGAUACUGGGCCUCUUGUAUACCCUGCUGGAUUUGUUUACAUAUAUUCAGCGUUAUACUAUCUAACAUCCCAAGGAAAAAACAUUUAUUUAGCUCAAUAUAUAUUUCUAGUUCUUUACCUUUUACAGACGAUUCUGAAUUAUAGAAUACACAUUAUUACUGCCAAAGUGCCUCCAUAUGCCUUACUAAUAGCAACUCUAACGUCCUAUAGAAUACAUUCAAUAUAUGUUUUACGAUUAUUCAACGAUCCUGUAGCCGUUUUCUUUUUCUAUUUGAGUAUGAAUUUUUUCCUGUCUAAUAAGUGGCUCAUUGGCAGUAUCUUUUAUUCCUUAGCUGUGUCUGUGAAAAUGAACAUACUCCUUUACGCCCCAUGUCUUCUAAUAGCCUACUUGACCAAUUUAACCUUGUUUCAAACCUUUUUGAAUCUUCUCGUGUGUGCUCUAAUACAGUUGAUGUUGGGGUUACCAUUUUUAAUGCACGAUUAUUGGGCUUAUAUUAAGGGUAGUUUCGAUUUAGGUAGAGUUUUCGAGCAUAAAUGGACUGUGAAUUAUAGAUUUCUACCUAGGGAUGUUUUUGAGAGUCGCUAUUUCCACAUAGUUCUUUUGCUUGUACAUGUUUCAUUAUUAUUAGUGUUUUUACCGCUUCUGAAGAGGUAUUUAUCAAGUUAUGCAAAAUUAAAUGUAAUCACCUCAGACGUUAAGGAUUUUAUAAAGAAAGAGAAGCAGCAACGAAAAGGUGAAUUGCAAAAGAGGAAAACACCUGAAGAAUUCGAAAAGAUGGAGGAUAAAAUGAGCAUCAUUGCUCAGUUAUUCGUGCUCCCCUUUUAUAUAACGAAUUUUAUUGGAGUGGCACUUGCGAGGUCCUUACAUUAUCAGUUUUAUUGUUGGUACUUUCAUUCGAUCCUGUAUCUCGUUUUUUGUACUAAGUAUAAGAAACCUGGCAUGUUUUUGUUGUUGGCCGUUGUGGAAUACUGUUGGAACGUCUAUCCAAGCACUAAUUUGUCCAGUAUAUUACUGCAUGUUUGUCACGUUUUCAUUAUUUAUGGUGUUUAUAAGAAUAUGAAGCCUUGAUUUGAAUAUAUCUUUUUUGACGA